UGAGAAGCACGUUUGUGUGAGAGGUGUUUUUCAAUGGAAAUUGUACAGAAACGGCGAAGUCACCGACAGCGGUAAUCACACAUGCGCCGACGGAAUAACCCCAAAAAUAAUCCUCAUUUUGUGAUUGCAAGUAAAGAUGAAUUAAGUGGCUGGUAAAUGCCGCAGACGGAUCGAGUGUGCAUUGGUAUUUCUAAGAUUUCAUACAACUGCAUCAACGCAGAACAGCGUUUCCCCCCCUUAAGGGCUCGAAGAAGAAAAUACAAUACACAGAUCCACAAUCUCCGGGACAUUGCCGAGCUGUGAGAUCUUUGCAGGCGAUUUGAAACAGGUAUAAAGCUGUCAUGACUGGGGUGGGAGCUGAUGAUGACAUCCCACUUGGUGAGAGGAAAACUGUGACAGACUUCUGCUAUCUGCUGGACAAGUCCAAACAGCUUUUCAAUGGCCUAAGAGAUCUUCCUCAGUAUGGACACAAACAAUGGCAGUCCUAUUUCGGCCGUACUUUUGACGUCUACACUAAGCUUUGGAAGUUUCAGCAGCAACACAGACAGGUGCUGGACAAUCGAUAUGGCCUCAAGAGGUGGCAGAUUGGUGAGGUGGCCUCCAAAAUUGGCCAGCUCUACUACCAUUACUACCUCCGUACCUCAGAAACAAGCUACUUAAAUGAAGCAUUUUCCUUCUACUCAGCCAUCCGCCAGCGCUCAUAUUACUACCAGGUCAACAAGGAGGACAGGCCUGAGUUAGUGGUGAAGAAGCUGAGGUACUAUGCCCGGUUCAUUGUGGUGUGUUUGCUGCUCAACAAGAUGGACCUGGUGAAAGUUUUGGUCAAGGAGCUUUCUGAAGAGAUUGAAGACUACACACAGCGAUUCAAUACAGAGGAUCAGUUAGAGUGGAACCUGGUGCUGCAGGAGGUUGCUGCUUUUGUGGAGGCAGAUCCAGUUAUGAUCCUGAAUGACGACAAUGCAGUAGUGGUCAAGUCCAAUCGCAUGCAGGAAGGGGGUGUGCCCCAGCUUGAGCCAGGAAUGGUGGUUGGCCAGCUGACGUUGGCUGAUGCCCUCAUUGUUGGCAAUUGCAACAGUCAGGUGAAGUUCAGCGAGUUGACCAUCGACAUGUUCCGCAUGCUCCAGGCCCUCGAGCGAGAACCAGUGAAUCUUGCCACCCAAACCAACAAACCAGGGACACUUGUAAGAGAAGACUCUUGCACUCUCCCCAUCUCUCUCACCGAGCCCAGUGAAAAGCCAGCCAAGCGGGAGAACCCUCACAAAUACCUUCUAUACAAACCCACAUUUAGCCAACUUUACACGUUCCUUUCAGCCUCCUUUAAGGAGCUACCUGCCAAUAGUGUUCUCCUGGUAUAUCUGUCAGCAACCGGGGUCUUUCCCAGUGGACGUGUGGAAUAUGAAGGACCUUAUGAUUUUGGAGGAGUUCUAACCAACACUAAUCGUGACGUAGUAAAUGGCGAGGCGGGGCAGAAAAGAAACCAGGCCCAGAAAGAAAUGCACUGCCUUCACCCUGGAGACCUGUAUCCCUUUACCAGGAAGCCGUUGUUUAUUAUUGUUGACUCAUCCAACAGCACAGCCUACAAGAAUUUCUGUAAUUUGUUUGGCCAGCCUUUGGUGUGCCUACUUUCCCCCACCAUGUAUCCAAAGAGCAUUCAAGACCAGUCUCAGAGGGGGAGUCUCUUCACUCUUUUUCUCUACAACCCCUUAAUGGGCUUUCUCUCUGUCUGCGGACUGACCAGUGUGCGCCAAGGCUUAUGGGAAAAGGCCCAGGAGCUUUUGCACAAAGUUUCUCACGACAUUGGCCAGAUGCUUACCAGCUCCCGAGCCAUAGAUCAGGCUUUUUUGCAGUUCUAUGGUGAUGAGUUUUUGAGGCUGGUGAUGAUCCGGUUCGUGUUCUGCUGUGCCACUCUUCGACUACACAAGCUCUUCCGUGAAGCACAGAGUUUUCCUGAAUCGUACCCUCAGCUGCCCAAACAGGAGAUGUUGGAGAGCAACCUACUGCAGAAACACAUACUGGAGCUGGCAGCAAUGUUGGAUGUGCAAAACCUCUUUGUCGAUGGCAUGCUGGAUAACUACUGACUGUAUUGUUGCACAAAAGCAUUGUGCUGACAUUCAUGGGCUCAGUAUGGGUGCGCACACACAUCCGGUCUGUAGGUCAUCCCGAAUGAAGUUGUUGGUACCUAGUUUAACUUAACCUCUAUAUAUUUAGAUCUAGAUAGUUUUAACAAUUUAAGAAGUGUUUCAUCAUUGUGGUCAGGUAGUUAAAUUUAUUUUUAUUUUUUUUUGCCAUUUUCACAUACCUUUUAGAGUUACACAGCUACAUGUCAAAUAGCUCCCAAAGAACAAGAUUGGAUAUUGUUUAAUACCUGCAUGUGGUGGUGUGUAGCUACAGAGGCAUAAUGUCUGCUGAAGGUAGCUGCUGGUUUUAGAAAGGGAAAAUGAAGGAAGAGAAAUAUGAAGCACUUAAGCUCAAUCAAGAAAGACUGUAUAACUUAAAAAUAAUACUGACUGGUAGUUUCUUCACAGAUUCUUCCAUAAGUAAUUCCAGUAAGAGCUGGGAGACAUGACUAAAAUAUCAAACUGCAAUAUUCAAAAAAUUUCAACGUUUAUCACAAUGUUUAGAUUUGCUAACAAAACUGCCAGUAAACAUUUUUCAAAACUGUUUCAUUUUUAAUCUACAAAUUAUUAUUUAAAAAAUAACAAAGAAAAUAGUUACCACAAAAACAGAUGUUAACUUGUUAUUGUAAUGCUGAAGUCUGUGUUACAGAGGUACUGAAGAUACCUGCAAUAUCUCAGUAAACCCCAUCUCGCUGUAGUUUGUCUUUUACACAUCUUGACUUGUUUAUUGGGAUGUUUUGCUUACAGUCUACAUGUGUAACUUGUGUCAUGUGUACUGUGAACUCAAUCCAGGCCUUCUAAAGAUCGUUUAAAACUGAAUGCCCUUUUUGGGUCAAUAGCAAUUGAACAAAUUAAGAGUUUUGCAUGUCUUAGUGUGUGGUGUACCUACAGAUUUUUUUUUAAACCAGUGUGAGUGAUUCACACGUAUAUGUAAAACUUACUGUGUAUACACAUGAACAGUCACUGUCCAUUUUUAUAGGAACACUUGUACACCCUUACAUUCAUGUAGUUAUCCAAUCAGCCAAUCAUGUGGCAGCAAGAGAAUCUAUAAAAUCAUGCAAAUACAGGUCAAGCGUUUACAUCAAACAUCAGAAAGGGGUAAAAUGUGAUCUCUGUAAUUUAAGUCUGGCGUGCUGCUAUAUGGGCUAGUUUAAGUAUUUCAACUGCUUAUCUCCUGGAAUUUUGUACACUAUAGUCUCUAGAGUUUACACACGAUAUUGCAUAAAAUGUAGCGUGAGCAGCAUUUCUCUGGAAAAUUAGUAUAGAAAUGACCUGGUCUUUUCCAGUCGUGAAAUGUCCAGAUACUGUGAAUCUGUGCCCACGAUUUCCUGAUGUUUGUUUGAUGUGAAUAAUAACUGAAGCUCUUGACCUCAGUAUGCAUGAUUUAAGCGCUGUGCUGUUAACAUGAUUGGGUGAUUGGUUAUUGACAUACAUAAACAGGUAUACCUAUUCAUUUUUUAUACAUUAUAUCAAACUCAAGAUGCAAACCACUCAUCAAUAAUAAGAGUCAGCAGGCAAGAAGGGAAUUGACAAAUACUGGGAUGAUGCACCAAGAUUAACUUCUGUCACAGUCAUAGAAAAUAGAAAUGCCAAGGAGUGAAGAAGAAAAGGACCUUCUCAUGAUCUAAAGAUUACAAACUCAUUAGUCCAGCAUAGUUGUGUCAUCGCUUUCGGAGCUCACUAGUCUUAGAAGUAACUUAUGUUAGCAGCAGAAUGACUUCAGAAGUGUACCGCAACAUUCUGUCUGCAAAUGUAUAAAAAAUGCAUCCAAUCUAAUUGGAAGGAAAUUUGUCAUGCAGCCAAAUGACAAUACUUAAACCAUAAUGCCAACAGAAGGGGAGAAGUAGAGUGGCAAUCACCAGAACUUGAACGUUCAUUUCACUUUCUGAUGGGAAACUGAAGGGGGAAACCCCUACCAAAAAAACUAAUAAAAGAAAGGAGAAUGCAACAGUUUGCUGGUCAGUGGGUCUCUGGCUUAAUGCAGCUAUUGCAAUCAAGGAAUUUGCAACCAUUGAUUACAUUUUAUUUAACGAAGUUGGUAAUAAGUUAACUGGGUGGUUUGACAUAUUUGUGUACAUUUUUAAAUGUCUAUCAAUCAAACUAAUUUUCAUAAUCACUAAUUUGUCAUUUUGUCACAUGCAAUGAUUUGUAGUCAAUGACUGCAUUAAGUCUAGAAUCCAUAAUUAUCAGAUGCUGUGUUUCUUCCCUGUUGGUGCUAUCUUCAGUUCCUGCUUAUUCCUGGGCUGUUCUAUGUUCAGUUUAUGUCUUUUAGCAUGUGGAAUGCAUGCUUACUUGGAACAUUUCAGGUGUAUUUUCCAUCUUAACUUAAAAAAAAAAAAGGUCUUCUUGUGAAGUAUGUUUUUGGUCAUUGUCCAUCCGCACUAUAAAGCACAGUUUAAUGAGUGUUGAAUCUGUGCAGAAGAAAUAACCUUAAACACUUCAGAAUCCCUCCUGCUGUUUUUAUCUGCAGGCAAAUGAUAAAUAAAUACAAGGGAAACAAUUCCACUGGCAGCCAUACCUGCCAAUGUAGUAAUAUGAGCUGGUAUGCAUCAGAUUAUUAGAGUAUCUACCGUUCUUCAGCAUGCUGGUACAAGCUGAUCUUUCUCAUCUGUUCAUGGAAUGUCCUGGAACUGUACAGACUUUGUACUGUAAAUAUUUUUCAUAAACUCUAAUCUGGUCUUGGGGGGCAUACUAAUGGUUUAUAUUUUUACUUAAAAUCACUUCAUUUUGGUAAGUCUUUUUUGAUUGUUCACUUUUGACACAUACCUACUAAUGAUUGUUCUUGAUCUGGCCCACUCUUGUGAACAAAUGAUCAAAAAAAACAAUUUUUGUCCAUAUACAAAUAAUUUCUGUACCUGAUUGUAUAUAAAUAAAUUGUGAUGCAGAGAGCAAUGUCCAUCCAAUUUAUAGGUUGUUCCUGAUGUGUGUAGUGGUUGGGCUGGGCGUGAUGACCCAUUGCAUGUUUGUGCAGUGUUCAUGAAUGGAGCAGAUGAAGCAUUAGUGUCUGCCUAUCCUCUGAUAUGAACAUUAUUUUGUUUCUCAAUUCGCAGUCUUAAUAAUGAUAUUUAUUGUGAUGAUGAUGAUGAUGAUGAUAGCACUGCACUUUAUGCUAUUUGAGUCUGACCUUGUGGUGAUGUGGUUUGUUAGUACAUCUGUAAUGACAUUGUGUGGCACACUUACUUUUAUUUUAUUCAUAUGUUUAACACAAUUAUGAGACAUGUUCAGCAACAUUAUGGUUUGCGUCCCCUUUUGUUGAUUUUGACCGUAUGUGCAAUUAUUAGUUGAUCAGUAGCACAUUUUACCUUAAGAAAAGCACAAGGCCCCAGAAAAUCUGUUCAUUAUUGAAUUAUGGAGCCAUUUGACUAUUAUCCAAGGCAUUUAAAAGACUCUUGCUGCAUGUGCUUUAAGUGAGGCACUGGCCAUGUAUGAGCAGAGCAGGUUAUUUCUUAAAACAAACAGUGCAUUCAGAAAGUGUUCUGAUCUAUUUAUUUUUUCCCACAUUUUGUUAUGUGGCAUAGUUUUUCACCUCGAUUUACACGCCAUGCCUCAUAAUUACAAAGUAAAAAAAAAAAAAAAAGGCAUAUGGUCUUUUGUCAUAAAUCAGAUCAGAUUUUUUUACUUUGGAAUAAAAGAAAUAAAGGCAUUUCAGCAUGUCUUAACAUGACUCAUUGUGCCUCUGACUUUUUAAACACAACUCUUGUCUGUGACACAAAUUUUAACCUGCCUGCAAACUUAUUUUACAUUUCUUAAGUAUUUUAAUUUCUUAAAAAAAUACGUUUUUUCCAAAAGUGUUGAAAUGGCAGAGUCCAAUUCCAUUGUUUUUGGUUUACACUGAAGACAUUUGGGUUUGAGAUCAAAAGAUGAAUAUGAGACAAUUGAUCUGAAUUUCAGUAAUUACAUCGUGUAAAACAACAUGGCAGGUUUUUUUCUUCUCAUGUUGGUCCUUGAGAUCAAAUUACAGGUUAAUCUGUGUUUUGAAAUGUUUCAUCUCUGUUUUUCUUUUUUUGCCCUUAUGAUUCUUACUGCUGAUGAGUGGUUUGUAUUCAGCUGUUUGGUCUCUGUAUUACUGCUCUCAAAGGUAGAUUGUGAUACCUUUACCCCAGCCCUGAGGGGGUUAUUACUAAUGUUACUGAAUGUUGGUUUUGUGUUUUUCAUCACAGCUUUCGCACUAUUUCUGUUGUAAAUGUGUGUGUGUGUGUGUGUGUGUGUAUAUAUAUAUAUAUAUAUAUAAUUUUUUUUUCUUUUUUUUUCUUCAGUUUGUUAGUAAACAAAUGCUUUUUCAGGACAUUGCAAAUUGUUGAUUUAUCUAUGCCCAAUGCUUAUACUAUAGCUUGAAAUUCAAAUUUUCCUGCUUUCUUUCAUAGACAGCUCUUUGGUCUUCAUGUUCAUUUAAUCUUUGUAAACAAGAAAUACAGUCUGCACAGAUGAAAUCUAGGGCACCAUAAAAAAAAAAAGAGCAAUGUCAUGUUUCAAAAUUUUGGAUCCCUGAAAAAACGAAACUGUUUAACGCAUGAUGUAAAUAUCAGGAACUAAAAGCUAACCUUUCGUCUUUGUGUCAUCUUUGGUUAUCAAACCCAAAUGUAUUUGUUGUUUUAAAUCUUUUAAAGGGCCACGUAUCUCUAAAUAAAGAACCCUCAUAUUAUAUGUACAAAUCACUGCCAAACAGAUCAUGCAGCUCAGACAGAUCUGCUGUGUAAAAUGUUUUAAUUGAGCCUGUAACUGCCAGGUUUACUGAACCCACUUUGUACACCAAACUUUCUUUAAUUGAACUAACAGUAAUUGUUUAAAGAGCACUGGGAAACCGAUAAAGGGCAUUUUUGUUUCCUCCACUUCCACAUGGUCAUAUCUGCUUGACAUUCAUUUAAAUUUAAUUUGUUUGUGUGCAUGUGUUGGUAGUGUUGUUUUAGCAUGUUGGAUACUGACAGUAUAUGAUCCAGCCCUAAUAUUGUUUGGAGCAUCUUCUGACACUUGUAGCACUUAGUGAGUAAGAGGCAUUAAGAUAAGAAAAUCCGGACAGGGACUAACUAAAGCACAUUCCCUAACUGGCUAAUCCUAUAUCUGAUUAUUGAAUUGGGCUAGUUAUAUUUUGGGUGUUUUCCUGCCAAAACUGUGACAUAUGUGGUCAUAAUAUCUGUGAUAACUAGCUACCCACCCUAUAGAAUUGUUAAUGUACAUAUAAAACAUGGUACUGAAAUGACAAUGUGCCAUUUAUGCCUUUGUAGAUGCUUGUUUGUAGAGACAAAGUUGAAGGAUUGCUUGUUUAUUUAUUUUUUUCUUCUGUAGCACUUCCUACUGUUGUGAGGUGGGAUGAUUUUAGUGGUAACAAAAUGAUUUCAAUACUCUUUCUUUAUAAGUUAAGGGGUAUUAUAGUUUUGUCAUUUAGCUUGAAUUGUAUUCUCCAAAUGUCAUGUUUUAAUAACUUUUUAUGGUUGUCUUAUCUUUUGCCACAUUGUACUUGUUCAGAAAAAAAGGACAAGGAAAAAUGUAAUACCAAACCAUGCAAGCUUUUUGUUCUUCAGAAUGCUAUUUAAUAAUAUUAAAAUAUGAUUGUUUUGUUUAA